UCGUCUUUUUUAAUUGGAAACUUGAUAUGUCUUUUCGCCGAAAUCCUCUCAGCCUCUCAGGUAAAGUCCACCAACACCAAUUUAUUUAAGGGGAAAAUGAAAUGAAAAGGAGUUAUAGAGAGUUAUGAAUGGAUACAAGUACAAGCAUGGAAGUUGAGGAUUCCUUUCAUUCAAAUACAGAUGCAACUAUCUACCCAACUUCUGAUCAUUCUCAAAGCUUGUUGUCUGAUCCCAACAUUGCGUCGUCGCCUUCUACAAGUGCAGACGACCAGCAGCAGCCUCACCAGUGGACGGCUGCUGCUGCUGUAGGUUGUACUGAUGAUUUGAGUGUAUCUGUAUCAAGUGCAUCUUCCAGGACUAGUUAUAACAAGAAAAUUGAGAAUGUUGAGCAUCUAAAUCUUUCUAAAGCAAAGGAACAAGUCCAAUUGGAGGCACUACCCAAGGACCUCACUUCGUCAAGAACUCGCAUUAAGGUACAUAUGCAAGGGGUUGCUGUUGGACGUGCAGUUGACUUGACUGUAUUAAGUGGUUAUGAUGAGCUUAUCAGUGAGCUAGAGGAAUUAUUCGAUAUGAAGGGAGAGCUUAGCCCUCGAAUCAAAUGGCAAGUUGUGUACAUGGAUGAUGAGGGUGACAUGAUGCUUGUAGGGGAUUAUCCAUGGCCGUACGUCAGUCUCUUUGCAACCAAAUUGAUUUCAUUUUCAUUUUCUUUAAUUUCAGUCAAAUGAUUUAAUCUAAUUUCUUCUGAUUACAGGGAGUUUUGUGAGAUGGUCAGGAAGUUGUAUAUCCUAGUGAGGAAGUGAAGAAGAAAUAUUCUCGAUGCAUGAAAUAAAUGUAGUACUAAUAAAUUGUAUUCAGAAAUUUAACUUAGAGUUUGAGUUACCCUUGUUGAAUGUAAGUUGUUCA